AUGGAGAACCUGAGAGUGGAGGACGGGGAUCAGUACUGGUGUGGGAUCCAGGUAGCCUGGUAUGACCCCAUGUUCGCCGUCAUGGUGUCUGUUCUCCCAGUGCCCAAGACAACACACUAUGACCUCCACACGACACGGGGGGAAGAGGCCACAUCUGCUCCCACCUUCCCAUGGACUCCUCUGGAGCUGGAAAACACUGUGUCCCCGCCGAAAGUCAGAAGCCUGCAGGCUGGCACCCCAAACCUGCUUGUCCUGGUCCUGACACCCUCUGCUGCGCUGGUGCUGGUUUUGGGCAUCAUCAUCUGCCGCAGGAUGAGAAGAGCAUCGCUGGAGAAGAGCAGAGCCUGGGCCACGGGGAGGAAGAGGAACAAGGACCUCCAGGUCACUGCAAGCUGGGAGCGAGCAGCCGCUUCCAAUAACAUCUACAUGAACAGGGAGUGGGAGCUCAGCGCGCCUGAGGAUGACUAUGAGAACAGCCCGGCCAAGUGGCAGGACUUUGAAAAGGGAAACGAAGUUGUGCGUUCCAGAGCUCCAGAACUGCAGCCAAUCUACAUGAACACGCACUAAGCAGCUCCGUGUUUGGCCCCUCGCUGCCAGAAAGCCCCGUGUCCGGGAACGUGCAUCCCCUGCAGCUCUCCCGACAUCCAGGGUGUGUUUCCCCGCUGCUGCUCAAGCUCUCUCUGCCUCUCCCAUUGAGAUUCCCUGUAUCCUGCAGAAGCAACCCCCAUCCCCUCCGUACCGUGCGAGACCGAGGACCCCAGUGUGCCAUGGGGUCCCGCAGAGUGACGCGCAUGCCACCGGGUCAGCAGCGCUGUU